AUGAAAAGUAUUGAUAAUAAUAGUAAUGUAUAUUCAUAUAAUAUAUCUGAAAAUGGCAAAAAAUUAUUAAGCAAAAGUAAAAAUAUUAUUGAAAAUAUAAAAAGAAAGUACAAAAAUGUCAAAAAUUUUAAUUAUGCUGAUAUAGAUAACAAUUUUAAAGAACCAAAGAAAGAAAAAGACGACGAAGCAGAUACGGCAGUUGGAACAGAGCAGGUUCGUAGCUAUAGUUCAUUUGUAAGUAAAUAUAACACUAUAGAAAAUAUUAAAAGUGAAAACAAUUUGAUAAGCAAACAUAAUGCUUUAUAUGCAAAGGAUAAAGCUUCGAAUGAAGAGAUUGCACAUAAUAUAAAAACUAAUAGUAAUAAUAAUAAUAUUUCGAAGCUUGUAGCUUCUAAUAAAAUUAGUAGUAACACAAAGUCCAAAGGUGAUAAUUUAAUAACUAAUGAUAAUAGUAGUAAGUAUUCCACUUUAAAAAAUGAUAAUGAUUAUAAUAAAGUAAAAUAUAAUAGUAUCACACAAAAAAAAGAUGCUAUUGGUAGUGUCAAUUCUAAGAGAAAAUUUUAUGCAUUUGGUGAUUCAAAAAAAAAUGAACGUGAAGAUUUAGAAACGCAUGAUUCAUUACAUAUUUCUAAUAAAAAACAUACGCAUAGUAGACACCGUUCUGAAAAUCCAGAAUUUUUUUUAAAAAAGGAUGUUAAGUUAAACAAUAAUGGAAAUGAAAUUCCAAAUGAUAAUGAUAAUAUAAAUAAAGAAGACAGUAAAAUGAAUAACUAUGAAUUAUAUAAAAACAACUUAAAUACUGGUGAUUAUUUGAGAAAGAUGAAAGGAUUAAAUUUAAAGAAUUUAUUCAAUAGGAAUAUAGACGAUAAUAAUAAAAAAAAGGAUGACGAAAGCAAAGAAACAAAUUAUAAUUUUCAAUAUAAUAAUAGGAAUUAUAAACGAAAUGAUGAUAACAAUCAAGAGAAUGUAAUGAAAAAUAAUAUCAGAUAUAAUUCUACAAAUGCAGAUAUGCCUAAACAUAGUAAUACAAAUAAAAUUGACCUAAAUAUGUUAUAUAAUAACAAUAUGGAUAAAUUAAAUAAUAAUUUAUCAGCUUAUAAUGAUACAAACAAAUUAAUUGAAUUACAAGAAAAAUAUAAAAAUAAAUAUCGUUAUGAAAAGGAUCUUCCUAAUCAUGCAAAUGAUACUAGAGGAAAACCAGAUAAUAAUCAAAUAAAAGACAAUAACUUAUAUUUCAACAAUGCAAUGUUAUAUAAUAAUAAUAAUAACGCUAAUAAUAAUGACAAUAAUAAUAUGAAAACGGAGUACAAUAAUUAUAAUACUAACAUGAAUAAUAAUGACAAUAAUAAUAUGAAAACGGAGUACAGUAAUUAUAAUACUAACAUGAAUAAUAAUGACAAUAAUAAUAUGAAAACGGAGUACAAUAAUUAUAAUACUAACAUGAAUAAUAAUGACAAUAAUAAUAUGAAAACGGAGUACAAUAAUUAUAAUACUAACAUGAAUAAUAAUGACAAUAAUAAUAUGAAAACGGAGUAUAACAAUUAUAACACUAAUAUGAAUAAUAAUGAUGGUAAUGAGAUUAAUUCUAAAAAUAAUUUAGCAAGUAAUAAGUUGAACCAAAAUAAUUAUGCAAACGAAAAAGAUGAUGUGGCAGAAAAAGAGCUAGAUAGUUAUAGUAAUUUUAAUUUCAAUAAUGAUAAUAGAAAUAAAGGCUCUAAUAAAAAUGAUCUAAUAAAUAAAAAAUAUAAAAAAUUAGAAAGCUUGAUGAAUAUUAAUAAAAACAAUGAUGAUGAGAAAAGGAAACUAAAUUUUAACAUGAAUGAUAUAAAAAAUAAUUAUUUUGAUAAUUUUUAUAAAAAUAAAAAUAAUGAAUAUAAGACAUUUAAACCUCGACGCUCGAAUUCCAGUAAUGUUCAUACAAGAAAACAUGAUAUCGCGAAAAUCAAUACCUAUUUAAAUUAUGCUGAUGAUAUGCAAGCUAAAAUAAACUAUUAUAAUGAGGGGAAAAGUGGAAAUAUGAGAGCGUAUGAAAAAUAUAUUAAAAUGAAAAAUGAAAAUAAUAAUAUUCUUAUGAAUAACAACACACAUAAUCUUACCAUGAAUGAUUUAAAUGGAAAUGCAAAUGGUAAUAUAGAAAUGAGAAAUAAUAAUGAGGCUCAAAAUACCAAUAAUAACAAGACAAACGAUAAUAAUUUAAAUAAUCUGAAUAAUAAUUACAAUGAAAACACGUAUCAUAAUCGAAAUGAAAGCAACUCAAAAGUUGAUAAUGAUUUAGGAAAAUUAAGAAAUUUCGAUUUAAAUGAUAUAAAAAAAAAACAUUUAAAUUUAUUUAAUAAUAAAAUGGAAAACGAAUCAACUUAUAUAAAUAAAAUGGAUAAUAAUAUGAAUGAUAAAAAUGAAAAUUACAAUUAUAGUUUUAUUAAUGAAAAAAAUAUGACUAAAAAUUUAACAAACAAUGAUGAUGAUGAUGCAUUAAACUUUGAUAAAAAUUUUCGAAAAAAGACGGACAUUAAAAGUAUUGUAUGUGUAUGCCAAGCAAGUAAACAAAUGGCUAGAUUACAAUUACAUAUUGAAGAAAGUAGACAAAUGCUCGAAACAGAAAAAAUGUUAUUAAAAAAGAAAAAAGAAAAUUUUGAAAAGAAAGUGGGAAUGUUGGCAGAUAAAGAAAAAGAAAUAGAUAAAAUUCAUUCACAAAUUAAAGAAAAAGAAUUAUCUAUUAAUAAGAAGCAUGAUGAAAUAGACGAAAAAGAGAAAUAUGUGAAUUCCAUAAAAAGUAAAUAUGAUAAUGCGCAAAAAGAGUUACUAGACAAAAUGAAUGAAUGCAUUCUUAUUGAAAAUAAAUGCAAGAGUAAAUUAUAUGAAUAUGAUGAAAAAUUUGGUGAAUUUAAUAAAAAAAUUAAAGAAAUUGAGGAGCGUGAAAAAGAGAUUGAACAAGAAAAAAAAAAUAUAGAAAAAAAAGAAAACAUGAUAAAUGAGAAUAGACGAGAAAUCGAUGAAGAAAAAUUAAUGAAUAUGAAAGAAAAAAAUGAGCUUGAAAUGUUAAAAAAGGAAUUAGAAUCGUUAGAAAAAGAAAAGAAGAAGAUAAUUGAUUGUGAAUAUAAUAAUUUACAAAGUAAAGAAGAAGAAUUAAGACGAAACGAAAGAAAUAAUUUAAUAAAAGAAAAUGAACUAAAAAAUAGAAUAGAUAAAUAUAAUGAGUUAAUUGAUGAAUUAAAUAAAAAUAAAAAAGAAAUAGAGAAUGAUAAAAUGAAAAUGCUAAAUGAUAUUCAAGAUGAGAGAAUAAAAAUUAUGAAUGAAACAAAUAACAUACAAAAAGAGCAUGAAAAAGAAAUUAAUUACAUGAAAGAAGAAAUAAAAAAGGAAAGAAUAUCAAUGAUUAAUGAUGUCGAAAAGAUGAAAAGGUUAAUGUUAGAAGACAUUGAAAAUACGAAAAAUAUGAUGUUAGAAGAUAUGGAAAAAGAAAAUACAAAAUUAAAAGAAGAAAUAGAAAAUGAUAAAAGAAUGGCGAUGAAAAAUAUCGAAGAUGAAAAGGAAAAAUAUAAAAAAUAUUUAGAAGAACAAUUUAAUGAAAAUUUAGAAAAGGAAAAAACAUCAUUACAAAACAAAUAUGAUGAUGAAAAUAACAGAUUACAGACAGAAAUUAAUAAUGAGAAAAAAAAAAUUAAUAAAGAAAGAGAAAAUUUAGAAAAACAGAAAAAAGUAUAUGAAGAUGAAUUUCGUAGUAAAUGUGAAAAAUAUGAAGAGGAUAUAAGAAAAAAAUACAAUAUGUUAGAAGAAGAAGAAAAUAAUAUGAAAUAUCGUAUCAUGAAAGAACAAGAAGAAUUGGAAAAUUAUAAAAAAGGUGUGUACCUAGAUAUAGAGGAAGAAAAAGACAAAUUAUAUGUUCAACAAGAAAAGAUCAAUUUAGAGAAAGAAAAUUUAUUAGUAGAAAAGGAACAAAUUGAUAUUGAAUUAAAAAAUUUUAAAAUUUUCAAAGAAAAGGAAGAAAAUGAUAUUAAAAUUCGUAUCAUAAAUUUAUCUCAACAAAAAGAAGAUUUAAAUAAAGAAAAGGAAAAUAUAGAAAAAGAAAAAGAUAAAUUAGAAAAAAUCAAAUACGAUUUAGAUGUAAGAGAGGAAGGAUUAAAUAAUGACAAAAUUCAAAUGGAAAAAUCUCGAAAAUUAUUUGAUGAACAAUUAGAGAAAAUUAAAAAAAAUAAAGAAGAGUUACUGAAUUAUGAUAGAGAAUUAAAAACGAAGGAAAUGGAUUUAAUUGAAAAGAGUACAGAAAUAAAAAAUAAAGAAAAUGAAUUAAAUAAAAAAAAAGAGAAAUUAGACUCAUUAGAUAAUGAACUAAAAAAUUAUAGUUCAAAAUUACAAGAUCGAGAAAAAAAACUAAAAGACAAGAAAAAUGAAUUACAAAAAGUCAAAGACCAAUUAGUUGAUUAUAAAAACAGUUUAAAAGAAAAGGAAAUACAAUUCCAAAUGAUUGAAAAAAGAGAAAAGGAGUUACUAGAUGAACAGACAGUUAUUCAAAUAGAUCGAAAUAGUUUAGAAGCAGAAAAAAAACAAUUUUUAUUAAUAAAAGAGAAGCAUGAAAAAGAUACUGAAUAUAUACAAGAACAAUUAAAAUUGUUACAUGAACAAUUAAAAAAUAAAGACAAGUCUCUUAAAGAAAAAGAAAAUGAAAUUAAUUUAUUAAAUAAAUUACAAGAUUGUAGAAGUAAAAAUGGAAAGGGUGCUAUUAUAUCAUUAAAAAAUUAUGAUAAUAGAAAAUUGAAUGUUAAUUUAUCCAGAAUGAGUGUAUCAAAGAAUAGAGUCAAAGGUAAAGCAAUUGGAAAAAACAAAUUUGAUAUUAUUAGAAGAACAAGAAGAAAAAGUAUAAAUUAUAAUUACAACAAUCUCGAAAUUAAUAAUAGUAUACAAUAUAUAGAUAGUGUGAUAAAUGAAAAUUUUAAAAAUAAACCUUUCUUAAAACAAAAAAAUAACUUAGAAUUAUCAAAUGAAACUUUUAUGCAAGAACAAGGGAAUAAUAACAUGAAUUAUAAAUAUGGAAAUGAUACCUAUGACAAUAAUAUGGCAGAUAAAAAUAGUAGAAAUAUUUCUAACAACCCCAUAAAAAAUACUACGGAUUAUGGAAAUAAUGCAGAAAAUAUUGGUGAGCAAGAAAGAGAACACCGUAAUCAAAAAAUAUCUAAUGAAAAUGAUUAUUAUGAAAAUAAUUAUAAUAAUGGAAACGACAAUAUUAGCCAUGCUAAUGAAAAUAAGAAUAAUGCUAAUCAAAGAAAUAAGAAAAAAUAUCCUCCCAAACCAAGAGCAAAUUUCGAAAAGGAUUCAUAUAACAUGAAUAACGGUCACAAGUCUGAACGAAAUGAAAAAUUUAACGAGCUAUAUAAUGAUAACAAUUACAAUGAUCGUAUGAAUUAUAAUAAUAAUGAUAAUCACAAUAAUACAAAGAAUGGAAAUGUUUAUGAAAAUAAUAACAAUGUUGGAUAUAACAACAGUUAUAAUAUAAAUAAUAUGAACACAAAUAUAAAAAUGGGAAAAAGUGAUUUAAAUGAAACAGUAAAAUCUAAAAAUGGUUUACGCUUAAAUUUUCAAGACAACAAAGAUCAAGAAAAUAAUAAUAUGUUAGCUUCAUUAAAUGUAAAUAAUUUAAUCGAAUCGGAUAUUAUCGACACAAAGAGUAAUUAUGGUUAUUAUCAAGAUAAUCAUAAUGACAAAUAUGUAGAAAAUGAGUCUAAUAGGAAUAUUAUGUGUAUUAACAAGAACAUUAAUUUUAUAGAUAAUGAUGUGAAUAAUAUAAAUAAUAACAUAAGCAAUAUAAAUAGCAAUUUGUAUAAAAUGAAUAGUAAUGCCUAUGAGGAAAAUGACUCGUUUACAGGUGAGAAUAACAACAAAAAUCGUAAUAAGCAUAGUGCCCAGAACAACAAUGAAAAUAGGGCAUCUAAUAAAAGCCAGAGCGAAAAACCAUCUUUAAAUCGUCUUGAUAAUUUAGUAAAUCAGAAUAUGCAAUCCGUUAAUCAGAUAUCAAGCUUAAUACAAAGUAGUAAAAAACCAAAUAGCAAUACAAUGAAUAAGUUAAAUCCAAAAAUGAAAAAUUAUAAUUCAUUAAAAGAUCCAAAAAGAAACAAUAAUGAUAACUACUAUGAUGAUAAUAAUGAAUCACCAAAAAAAGAAGACAAUUUUAAUGAAUUUUUAGAAGAAUUAAAUGAUGGAAAAUCUUAUAAUUCUAAUUUUAUUGAAAAAGGAGAUGAUGAUUUUUAUUACAAUAUGGAAAAAUCUUUGAAUGAUAAAAGUAUGAAUGAAACUUAUGAUCAUAAGAAUCGAAAUAAUUAUAAUACAGCAAAUAAAAAUAUGGAUCGAAAAGUGCAUACAUUAAGAAAUAAUAGUAAUAACACAAAUUUAGUUGCUACCAACAUUGCUUCUAACCAUAAUAAUGAUAAGAAUACAAAGCAUAAUGUGCAUAUUAAUAGAAAUAAUAGUGAAAUGCGAAAAGAUAGCGCCAACAUAUCGGCAAUGCCCGGUAGUAAUAAUAAUAAUAUUAAAAUAGGUAUGGAUAAUAAUGGAUAUAACAGUGAUAGCAAUUUAAUGAGGAAUCAAAACUAUUUAAUAAGUGAAAAUUAUAACUCAAGGCGAAUGAAUUCGCAUGUCAUUGAACAAGACAACUACAAUAAGCAAAAGGGGUACAAAAAUAAUAAUGAAAAUGAUUAUAUCAAUUAUAGAAAAUAUGGAAUGGAAAAUAAAAAAGAUGAACUAUUAAGUAACAAUUUUAAUAGAGCCCAAAUUGUAAGGAACCAUGAUAAUGAAAAUAAUAAUGCUAAUAUGCAUAAACAUAACAAUAGCAAUGAUAGUAAUAAACUAAAUACAUGGAAUCAAAAUGGAAACAAAAACACAAAUAUGGUGGGAAUAAAAGGUUUUAUGAGAGAGUUACAAAAUGAAAAGGAAUCAUAUAACAGUGGAUCAAAUACAACAGAAAUUAAUAGCAGAAAUAUAGCACAAAAUCAUAAAAAUUAUAAUACUAAGUAUAUUAAUUCUGGAAAUCCUUCUGAUUCAGGUGCACAAGCAAAUAGUAAUAAAAUAAUCGAACAGUUAGACAAGACAUUAAUGAACAAAUCCAUUGUGAUGAAUAAAAAUAAAAAGAAAUUUUAA